CUGUGCCCGUAACAAUAGAUUCCAUAGUUUGAUUGUAUUGCUGAUUGUAAGAGGAAAGUUGACGUCAUACGGUACGCUCUGUGUUGCUUAACGUAGACGGCAGUUGAAUGUGAAGAGAGCUGAGACCAACUCCUGCAUAUAAGAAGGUACAGAGUACACCAUCAACAUGUGUUGUCCAACGUUUGCAAAGGUUUUGCUCAUUAUCUUCAACCUUAUUUUCUUUGUAAUUGGAAUUGCCCUUUUUGCCGUUGGGAUAUGGACUGUGACCGAUCCAUACAAGUUGGAUAUUCUAGCCAUUCUGGAUAAUCCAGUGGUAGCCAACACUGCGUAUAUCCUCAUCGUGUUGGGAGUAUUCAUCGUCAUCGUGUCUUUCCUCGGAUGCUGCGGAGCCUGGAAGAAGAACAAGUGCAUGUUGAUAAUGUACUUUGUCAUAGUUCUGGUGAUCUUCUUGGUACAAUUCAUUGCCUGUUGCGUUGCUGUUGCGUAUAAGGAAAAGGUGGACGAAUUCGUAAAGGACGAGCUUGGCGAUUCCAUGGACAAAUACAAACGUCCUUGGGAUGAUGACAACAAAUACAAUCUUGCGUGGAAUGGCAUCCAGUUUUUGCUUGAAUGUUGUGGAACUAACUCCUCAGCCGACUGGGAGCCAACUCCGUUUGCAGGCAGCAUGUAUAUGAAUAAGAAUUGGACGUAUCCCCCAUCAUGUUGUAAGGUUGAUGAUCCAUAUAACAUCGUAGACGGCAAAUACCCAAAACCGAAAGAUACUGAUGGUUGCGUUUCAAGCCCAAGUAAAACUAACAUGAACUCAGACGGCUGCUAUGAAGCUUUUGAAGACUGGGUUGUGGACAACGCUCUCUAUGUAGGCGGAACUGGGUUAGGCCUGGCUUUUCUUGAGAUUUUCUGUAUGGUGUUUGCAAUGUGUAUCUACUGUGACGUCAGAAAACAGGAUGAGAUCGCUUAAGUUCCAUGACAGCAAAUGCUUAGCCACACUCCUUACAAUUUACUAACUGGUACCGUAUCACCCACGUGAUCGAUUUUAUUCAAACCCAUGCCGUGUACAACAUAUGCUUUUUAAAACAAAUGUUUUACAUCUUGUGGAACAAACCCGACGCUAAAUAACCCACACCUUGGUUUUCGUUCUAUACAUCACUUAUUAUUGAUUUUAAUUAUUUUCCUUGCCUAUGCACACCACAUAUAUAUAUGAAUGCGAACUCAUGAGUGCUAAUGAACACCAGCUGUGCGAUUCGCACUCUUGAUAGCUGAUAUGCGUUUUAAACAUUGUGUUGAAGUUAUAAUAGCGGUUUUAUAGCCUAUUUAUCAUUAGAUUGGAAUUUAGUAAUUUAGUUUUUUUUAUAUUGUUUUUGGUAUGGUAACAGUAUAUUUUAGUAUUUUCGGUUGGAUAUGCCUAUAGUACUAAUGUAAUGGAUUAUUCUAUUGAAAAAAAAAUCAUGUUCGAGAGCACAUGGUGCAAUCUAGAGGUACUCAUGAUUUUAAAAUUUUGUCUUGAUUUGGAAUUGACUUUACGGUAUUUUAGUCAUAUUGUAGAGUGUAUAAUGUAGUUUAAUGUAUGCUAGUUUUAAACUUAAAAAUACACACUAUGAAAAGUUUAGAUAAAACUUGUAUAUUCUCACACAGUAACUAAAAUGUAAAUACAUUGUGUACGUCUAGGUCUAAUUUGUUAUCAUAUAGAUUUAGAUUAGAAAUCUGGGGCCCGUGUUAUAAUGUUCUCUAUGAACAUUUUAAAUAAGCUAAGCUUCUUUGAUUCAUCUGUCGAUUGCGUAUUAAGCAAUAAUAAAAUUGGACCCUUCCAGAGUGUCAAUCGCAGUUAACUACUGGCCAAUCAGAACAGGUUCAGGAAUACACACGUCAUACGCACGCGCUGUCGUUUUGUUGUUUAGCAACAAUAUCGAAGGGGUGGGGCUUCUCACAGCUUAGUUGGUAAAGCAACCCAAUAGGCUGUGCUUAUAUUUUGGUGGGAACACUGUUUUUCUGAAACCACCAUAUAUAGAAUCUGUUAUAUUUAGCAGAUACAGUUGAAGUGUCUCUUUUUCGAGAACAGGAUAGUUUUGUUCUUUAUUUUAGUACCGUACGGUAGGUGCUCUUCUGUCACCACCUUUAGGACGAAAAACCCACCCGAUUUUUACUCAAAUAGUUUGUAGCUAGUGGAAUAUAUUUUACAUAUUGUUCUAUAUUAUCUAUGGAAACUGUGUAGGAUUAUGAAUAUUUUGAAUAAACUUACUGCACAUUUAGUA